AUGAGCAGUGUUAAUUUUUUCUUCUACUUCGUCAGCCGAAUCCUCAUCAACACUGUCGUCACCAUCCUCAAGUACUUCAUAGAGUUAUCUCGACACAACUAUGUGACCCCGACCUCUUAUCUAGAGCUGCUGCAGAGUUUCGCUGCCAUGCUGACCAAGAGGAAGGCUGAGAUGCUGCAGAGUAUCUUACGACUCCAGACUGGUCUAGACAAGUUGUUUAACACUGCAGAGAUGGUGAAGGUGAUGCAGAAAGAGUUGGAAGAGAUGAAGCCUCAACUGGAAUCUGCUCAGGUUGCAGCUCAAGAGAUGCUAGUGGAGAUUGAAGGAGACAGGGAGGUGGCAGAGAAGACUCGCCAGGAGGUGGAGGUCCAGGAGGCAGACGCAGCCCAAAUGGCAGCUGAAUGUCAAGCUAUUGCAGAUGAUGCCCAGGCUGACUUAGAGGAAGCAAUGCCAAUGCUACGUGCUGCCGAGGACAGCCUCAAGGCCCUCAACAAGAAUGAUAUCACUGAGGUCAGAGCCCUCAAGAGACCUCCUGCCGGGGUCAUAUUGGUAUUAGAGGUCAUAUGCAUAGUAAAAGACAUCAAGCCAAACAAGGUGGCGGGCUCUAAGCCGGGAGAGAAGGUCCUGGAUUACUGGGAGCCGGGCCGCCUCAUGCUGUCGGACCCCGGAGCCUUCCUCACCUCCCUAAUGAACUACGACAAGGAAAACAUGACAGAGGCGCUCAUCGCCAAACUCGAACCCUACAUCAACAACCCCAACUUCCAACCAGCAAAAAUCAUCACUGUGUCGAAAGCGUGUACGUCGCUGUGCAUGUGGGUGCACGCCAUAUACAAGUACUACUUUGUGUACCGUGCAGUGAUGCCGAAGAAAGCUGCGCUGGCAGUGGCCAAAGCAAAAUUGGAUGAAACUGAAGCUGUUCUUGCCCAGGCUAAAGCCAGAAUGCAACAGGUGAUGGACAGAUUGGCAGUGCUGGAACAGACACUGCAGGACACGAUGGACCGCAAGAACGAGCUGGAAGCGAACUCCCGGUUAUGCGAAGAGCGCAUGAACCGUGCAUUCCGAUUGGUGAAUGGAUUGUCAGAUGAGCGUCUGCGCUGGAUACAGACCAUCGAAAACAUCAACGAGAAUAUGAAGACAUUGGUCGGUGACAUUUUGAUCAGUGCAGGGUGUGUGGCUUACAUGGGUCCGUUCACCGACAAGUACCGACGCGCUCUGUUGGAGGACUGGCACAAUGUGGUGACGAAUGCUGGAGUCCCCCACACUGCAGACUGUAACCCUGUGUCCACACUGGGAGACCCAGUUACUAUCCGCAUCUGGCAACUGGACGGUCUGCCCAGAGACGUUCUGUCCACAGAGAACGCCGUCCUUGUCUUCAACUCCAAGCGAUGGCCCCUGUUCAUCGACCCACAAGGCCAGGCUAACCGUUGGGUUAAGAAUAUGGGCAAGGCACAGGGGCUGACCAUAUGUAAGCUGACAGACAGGGACCUGAUGCGCUCUUUGGAAGGUGCGGUCAGACUCGGGAAGCCCAUGCUGAUAGAGAACGUAGGCCUCGAGCUGGACCCUGCCCUGGAUCCAGUGUUGACCCGACAGACUUUCGUCCAGAGCAGCCAGGUGGUCAUCAAGUUAGGUGACGUCAUUGUACCCUUCAAUUCGGACUUCAGACUGUUCCUCACCACCCGGAUGGCCAACCCCCACUAUACUCCUGAAGUUGCUGUCAAGAUUCUCCUGGUCAACUUCACGCUUGUUCCCAGCGGUCUGCAGGAUCAACUGCUGGCGUUGGUGGUUAUGCAGGAGAGACCAGACUUGGAGGAGUUACGAUCCAACAUCGUGACCAGCAGCGCCCAAAUGAGAGCUGACCUCAAGGAAAUCCAGGACCGUAUCCUCAUCAAGCUCACCACCUCAGAAGGUUCUCCUGUUGACAACAUUGACCUCAUCUUGAUGUUGGAGGCAUCUAAAAUUAAAACAGAUGAAAUAAAGGAAAAAGUGGAAGCAGCAGAGAUGACACAGUUGGACAUUGACAAGACAAGGGCGUUGUACAUUCCGGUGGCAAAUCGUGGGCAGAUCCUCUUCUUCUGUCUCUCGGACUUAGCCAGUGUUGACCCCAUGUAUCAGUACUCCUUGGAAUGGUUCAUCAACAUCUUCAUCGGGAGCAUGAUCAAUACUGAGAAAACAAGCGAUAUCGACGACAGGAUCUAUGAUGUUAACGAGUACUUGACGUUUAGCCUGUACUCAAAUGUGUGUCGUAGCCUGUUUGAGAAGAACAAGCUGCAGUUCGCAUUCCUGCUCUGUGUCCGUAUCAUGCUGGACAAGGGCCUCAUCGACACCCACGAGUGGAUGUUCCUCUUAUCUGGCGGCUCCCCUCUUAAGGAAAUGCCAAAUCCAGCUCCAAAUUGGCUCUCCAGCCGAUCCUGGAGUGAAGUCCUCUCACUGGAGAAUCUGCCCAACUUUCACAAGUUUGUGGAGACUUUCUCCCUCCAUAUUGCUCGAUACAAGGAAAUAUUCGACUCCCCCGAUCCUCACCAACAGCCUAUUCCUGUCAGUGAACUCGAUGAGUUUCAGAAACUUCUUGUCCUUAAAUGUCUUCGGCCUGAUAAGGUGACUCAAGCCAUGCAGCAACUGGUGGCCGAGAGAUUGGGCCAAAGGUUCAUAGAGCCUCAGACCUCGGACCUUGCAAUGGUGUACAAGGAGGCGACCCCCAACACUCCCCUUGUAUUCGUCCUCUCCACAGGCACGGAUCCGGCUGCAGACCUCUACAAGUUCGCUGACAAGAUGAAAAUGAGCAAACGCCUCAUGUCCAUAUCUCUGGGCCAAGGACAGGGUCCUGUUGCCGAGAAGAUGUUCAUUGAGGCAAUGGAGAUUGGAAACUGGGUGUUCUUUCAGAACUGUCACCUGGCACCCAGUUGGAUGCCUCGGUUAGACCACCUUGUGGAGACCAUCAACCUGGACAAGACACAUAAGGAUUUCCGGGUUUGGCUCACCUCCACACCGUCCUCUGCCUUCCCUGUUGCUAUCCUCCAGAAUGGCUGUAAGAUGACAGUGGAACCUCCUAGAGGCAUUAAGGCUAACCUCCUCCGAGCGUACCUUAACCAGGUUCCUCAAUUCCAUGACUUCUUGAACUCCGAAAACCCCAAGGUCCAGACAUUUAAAUGGCUCCUGUUCUCUCUCUGCCUCUUCCAUGGAAUAUGUCUGGAGCGUCGCAAGUUCGGUCCGCUCGGUUUCAACAUUCCCUACGAGUUCACCGAUGGGGACUUGCGUAUCUGCAUCUCUCAGCUGCACAUGUUCCUCCUGGAAUACAGUGAUAUACCAUUCAAGGUACUUGAGUAUACGGCGGGGCACAUCAACUAUGGCGGUCGAGUGACAGACGACUGGGACCGCCGCUGCAUCAUGAACAUCCUGGCGGACUAUUAUAACAUGGAUGUCAUUUCGGGAGACCACACGUUUGAUGAGCCUGGAAUAUAUCAUCAGAUGCCAGAGGAGACAGAGAUGAUCAAUUACCUGGCAUACAUUCGAGAACUGCCCGUGAACGACAGUCCAGGGCUGUUUGGAUUGCACGACAACGCAGACAUGAGCUGUGCCCAGGCCACCACAUACGCGAGUCUGGCCGUGCUGCUCUCGCUCCAACCGAGGGUCGUUGGGUCAGCUGCCAGCAGCCAGGACGAGGUCACCAAGCAGAUGGCAGAGUCGUUGCUGCACCAGAUACCGCAGCCAAUACCCAAUAUUCCGGCUGUGCAGGAGAAAUAUCCGGUGCUCUAUGAGGAGUCACUGAACACCGUUCUGAUGCAGGAGGUUGUCAGAUUUGACCGAUUGCUGAGAUUGAUACACGCCACGCUGAAGGAUCUUCUGAAGGCGUUGGAAGGGCUGGUGGUCAUGUCCGACGCUUUAGAGAAGAUGUCCAACAGCCUUUUUACCAACGCUGUGCCUGCACAAUGGGCAAGCAAAGCGUAUCCUUCACUAAAACCGCUAGGAUCAUGGGUCGUCGAUUUACAACAAAGAAUACAUUUCAUCCAAGAUUGGAUAGACAAUGGGAUCCCUCCAUGCUUUUGGAUCUCAGGGUUCUACUUUCCUCAAGCUUUCCUGACUGGGUGUCUCCAGAACUACGCCAGGAAAUAUGUAGUUGCGAUUGAUUCAAUCAACUACGGCUUUGAAGUGCUGAGAGAGAGACCGACCAAGCGACCAGAGGAUGGCUGUGUUGUAUAUGGACUCUUCCUGGAAGGUGCACGUUGGAGCCCUAACCGACACUGUCUCACGGAGUCAAGGGCAAAGGAAUUGUACACAGAGAUGCCUGCCGUGUGGUUACUGCCGGAGGUGGGACACGAGGUGGCUGCCAGUGGUGUGUAUGAGAGUCCAGUGUACAAGACACUGGUGCGAGCCGGCACCCUGUCUACUACUGGCCACUCUACCAACUAUGUGCUCACCAUUGAGGUGCCCUCAGAGAUGCCCCAGAAACACUGGAUCAAGCGUGGUGUCGCUCUUUUCUGUGCCCUUGAUUAUUGAACACUCAGUUACGGGUUUAAUAAACUAAAUAUUUUGGCUGUUUA